AUGGCCUCCGUCUGCAUAUCCGAAUGCAUCAACGACACCUGUAUUAUCCCCGCCGGCCGGCCGACGUAUUUCAGCUUGCAGCGGUGGCCGGAGGAGGAGGAUGGGUCUGUAGAGCCCCGUCGGCCACGGCUGAGAGCGGCAGACGGGAUCUCUCGCCGGCAAAUGUACUUGAGGAGCUACACCUUCUCAAGGGAGGACACCGAAGUCCAUGAGAGUACAGCGCAGACCUGCCUUGGGAAGCUCAAGCGGCGACGGAGGCCGGCAGAGAUCCGCGGCGGCGGAAGGAGGAGCCGCUGUUUCGCCAUCGUGAGGGCCGCCGCUGCGAAGGCUUCUUCCGGCGCCUUGCUCUCCAUGUUCCGGCGGUUGCUUUCUUGCGUGGCGAAAGUUGACGGUCGUAAGUGA